AUGAACAACGAGCGAGAAGUGCGAAGCUGUGCGGCAAGUGACGAUUUGCGUAAAUCAGUACGCGCUGAAAAGAAAUUAAUACAGGACGUGCCCACACGGUGGAACAGCACCUACUACAUGGUUCAACGAUUUUUGGAACUUAAAAACAUUGUCAGUGAAAUACUAAUUCAUCACAAGACAGCACCUCCAUUGCUGACUGGUAUGGAACUUAACAUUGCUUCAUCACUGCUUAACGUUUUACGUCCACUUGAAGCUGCAACUAAGGAAAUAUCGGGCGAUAAAUACGGCACAAGCAGUAAAGUAAUUCCCUUAGUGCAUUGCAUGGUUUCAAAACUCAAGGCUCUUGUGAUUGAUGAACCGGUUGUAUUGGAGGUACAAAAACUCACUCUAAAAGAAAUCAACAAACGAAUGGGCGCUAUUGAGCAUGUUUCAGUAUUGGCGAUUUCUACGCUAUUGGACCCACGUUUCAAAAAAAUACAUUUUCAUGAUCCGUUAGCUUGCGCAGGUGCCAUCCAAAAGAUUAAAGAUUUAAUGAAAAUUAGUCUCGACGAAAGUCAUGGCGAAUCAGACUCAGAUAAAUCGGACCAAUUAUCAGAAGAUUUCAGUCUUUGGAGCGAUCACCACAAAUUAGUGCAUAAAAACUGGAAAUCGAAUAGAAACGAGGAAAGCGUUUCAGAUGAGAUAUCCGUCUACUUAAGAGCAACAGUUGGUCGUUUAAAUGAAAAUCCGCUGGAAAUUUGGGCGGAUUUUAAACAGCAAUUUCCAAA